AUGGUGCUGCGGGGAGAUUUAAGAGCUGCUGCCAAUGCCGGCAUAACUCGACAGGCGUCAGCGAGUGCAUUUCCCGGUAAAAUCACAUUAGGUGGCAAGGAGUACCAGAAAGACAACUGGUUCAACGUACCAGACUCGAUCGCCAACUCUUUGACGCGCGAGUUACACAACACACCAGAUCACCCCAUAUCCAUAACCCGCUCAAUUGUCGAGUCCAAAUUUCCCUCUCCGACUUUCAAACACUACAACAAAUUCUUUCCGGUUGUUAGUACGCACGAGAAUUUCGACUCUUUGGGAUUCCCCGCAGAUCAUCCUGGGCGAAGCAAAACAGACACGUACUACGUGAACGAGAAAACGGUGUUACGAACCCACACAAGUGCCCACGAACUGGCCAUCUUCGGAGCAAAUGAAAGCGUGGGAUAUACCUGUAGUGCCGAUGUUUACCGGAGAGAUGCGAUCGAUAAAACCCACUACCCGAUCUUCCACCAGAUGGAGGGUGCGAGGAUGUGGGAUAGGAGGAAAGCGCCGGGAGGAAACAUUGUGCAAGCUGUUUGGGACGAUAUUUCGAAUUUGCCAACCCAUGACAUGAUUGUCGAAGAUCCAAAUCCACCUACACAUCCUGAACGGAAUCCGUUACAGCACGGUCACUCGCAUGACGAGGCAGAGGCGAUCGCAGCACACCUGAAGAGGUCAUUGGAGUUGAUGGUCGUAGAAAUAUUUUCCAGGGCGAAAACGGCAGCCAUCGCAGCAGACCCAAACUACCAUGACGAACCAUUGAAAGUUCGAUGGAUAGAAGCGUAUUUCCCAUGGACAAGUCCAUCUUGGGAGCUCGAAAUUUUCUGGCAAGGAGACUGGUUAGAGGUUCUUGGUUGUGGUGUUGUCAAACAGGAACUUCUCGAGAAUGCAGGCGUGCCUUCACAACUAGGCUGGGCGUUUGGAAUCGGUCUCGAACGUAUCGCAAUGCUUUUAUUCGAAAUACCGGAUAUUCGUCUGUUUUGGUCGCAAGACGCACGAUUUCUCGAUCAGUUCAAGGGCGUCUCAUCUGACCUCACUUCUUUGAAACGAUAUGUUCCGUUCUCCAAAUAUCCCGCCUGUUACAAAGACGUUGCAUUCUGGCUUCAGCCAUCCUCUUCAUCUACUACUUCGGCAGCCGGGGGGCUAGCUCCAGUACAGAGUUUCCACGAAAACGACGUGAUGGAAAUUGUAAGAGAGAUUGGAGGAGAUGUUGUGGAAGAUGUCAGAAAAACCGAUGAGUUUACUCAUCCCAAAACAGGAAGGAAGAGCUUAUGCUAUCGUAUAAAUUACCGAAGUCUUGAGAGAACGUUGACGAAUGAGGAGGCCAACGAAUUUCAUGAACAAGUUAGGGCAGCGCUUGCCAGAAGAUUAGGUGUUGUAUUGCGGUAG